AUGCCGAUCAGUCCAUUGAAAUCUCCACUGUUUGAGCCAACAAGAAGUCUCCAAAUACCUCAGAGCGAAAUCCAACUGCCAAGUCCUGUCACUUCCAAAACGGAGUCCAGCGUGUCUCAAGAGGAACCUGGUGUGUGCAAGGGCUCACUUCUCUUAUCAAGGCCUGCGGGCUUCAAACGAGUACCACGAAAAGAGGCAAAAGACAACAAUAGGACAAGGAAACGAAAAAAUGAAGGUACAUCUCGUCUUGAAGCCCACUUUCAGAGCGUCAGCGACCAGUUCAGAUCCCAGGAUGACGAUGAACGCGACAUAGUAUAUGACCCCAAGACCGAGACCCUUCCCGAUCUACCAAUGUAUCACCCCGACUUCGCACUUGCUGAGGGUCGCACGAAAGAAAUGAUUCGACAGCUUCAAUUAGUUGUUUCAGACAGCACGGAGGAGAAUGCAGAGUUAAAGCAUAUGCUCACCCACCUACAUAAUUUGCAAGAUCCAACCUAUCCACGUCCUUCUCUGGUAUGUUUCCUAGGCAGCUCUGGAGUAGGAAAGUCUUGCCUUAUCAACUCUCUUCUCGAUAUCGAUGGCCUAUCAUUGGUCUCAUCAGGAUCCGUAGGAACUCUCGUUCCAAUCACCUAUCAAGCCGCACUCGAGAACCAAGAGACUCGAUUUGUCGCUCAGAUGGAGCUUUUUCCAAUUGACAAGUGUGAGAGCUUGAUCAAACUUUCUUUGAAGGACUACUGGAAUCACUUUCUCAAGCCAGAGGAGGAAGAAGGGCCCCGAGAUACUGACCAAAUUGACUUAGGAAUGCCGGCUAAAAAACUUUCUUGGCGCUCUUUGCUCAUCGUCCUGAAUUUGAGAAUGACGAAGAUGCUGAGACAUUUUUGGCGCAGGCGGAGACACCCGAUGAUCCUCGAGUCUUAA